AGAACAGCGAGGAGGCUUUGCUUUCACAAACUGUAAGGAGGAGCUCAAAGAGGCAUUGGCGUUAAGGAGGUCUGCUGAAUUUGGUCUAACAGACAUGGACAUUGAGGAGAAGAACUGUUCAGAUGGAGCUUAUUUUGUGCAGAGGAAAGUUCUGGAUGAGUUAAGCCUGGAUGAAGUGGCACAAAAAAGGACGUGGUCCACUGAACCAACCCUGAGGGAACGGGUGAAAGAGUCACUAAGAUGUUCAGUGCCCAGGCUGAAGCGUAUAGCGUUGAGCUGGGUCCCUGUUCUCAGCUGGCUGCCUCAUUACUCCAUCAGAGAAAACGCAGUAGGGGACCUGAUCUCUGGCUGCAGCGUGGGCAUCAUGCAUCUACCACAAGGCAUGGCAUAUGCCCUUUUGGCUUCCUUAGGCCCAGUGUUUGGCCUUUACACUUCCCUAUACCCUGUGCUGGUCUACUUCAUCUUUGGUACUUCCAGACACAUCUCAAUAGGUACAUUUGCUGUGAUCAGCAUCAUGAUUGGGACUGUGACGGAGAGGCUGGCACCAGACAGUAAAUUUAUUGCAAAUGGCACUAAUCAGACAGGAAGUGUGGACCUUGAUGCACGGGACGCAUCCAGAGUUCAGAUAGCGUGUUCCCUCACGGUCUUGGCAGGAAUCUUUCAGAUCCUGUUAGGUGUGGUGAGGUUUGGUUUUGUGGUGACGUACCUGUCUGAGCCACUGGUCCGAGGCUACACCACAGGAUCAGCAUGCCAUGUAUGCGUCUCCCAGCUCAAGUACCUUUUUGGGGUCACGCCAGCUCGCUUCACUGGUCCGUUCUCUCUUAUUUAUACUCUGGUGGAUGUUUGUCGGCUGCUGCCGGAGACUAAAGUGCCCGAGCUGUUUGUUAGCUUGGUUGCGCUCUUUGUUCUCAUUUUGGUCAAAGAAAUCAAUGCCUGCUACAGACAGAAGCUGCCCAUGCCCAUCCCGAUAGAAAUCGUAGUGAUCAUAGCAGCAACAAUUAUCACCCACUUCUGUGGACUGACGAGUAAAUACAGCAUUGAUGUGGUUGGAAAGAUUCCUAGUGGACUCAAUGCCCCUCAAGCUCCAAACGCCACAUUUUUCUCAGACGUGAUAGGCGAUGCUUUUGCAGUGGCCAUUGUGAGCUAUGCCAUCAACAUUUCUCUGGGCAAAACGUUUGCCCUCAAACAUGGCUACAAAGUGGAUAGCAAUCAGGAGCUGAUUGCCUUGGGUCUUUGUAACACUGUUGGCAGUUUUUUUCAGUGUUACUCUGUCACUUCCUCCUUGUCUCGCAGCCUUGUCCAGGAGAGCACAGGGGGCAAGACACAAGUUGCUGGAGUGAUUUCGUCCAUCAUCGUGCUCAUCACAGUUUUACAAAUAGGUUCUCUCUUUUCAGACCUCCCCAAGGCUGUAUUAUCCACAAUAGUGUUUGUUAAUUUGAAGGGAAUGUUUACGCAGUUCAUGGACGUGCAUAUACUUUGGAAGACCAACAGGGUUGAUCUGCUGGUGUGGCUGGUAACGUUCACAAGCACACUCCUGCUCAACCUGGACCUGGGUCUGGCUGUCUCCAUUGGCUUUUCCAUGCUCACUGUCAUCUUUAGGACACAACUACCCCGCUACUCUAUCUUGGGCCAUGUGACAGGCACCGCCCUGUAUCUGGACACAGACACCUACAAGGAGGCUAAAGAGAUUCCAGGAAUUAAAAUUUUCCGUUCAUCUACAACUAUCUAUUACGCAAAUGCUGAGAUGUACUCGGAGGCCCUGCAAGAGAAGAGUGGACUUGAAAUUGGGAAGCUGCUGACUGCAAUGAAAAAACGAGAUGCAAAGCUGAAGCGUAAACAAGAAAAAGAGAAAAAGGAAGCUAAAAUGGAGGCGAAGAAACAAAGAAAAGCAGUCAGCCAAAUGUCCAAUGGUGCAUUCUCAGAAGUGAACGAGAGGAAAGUCUCUGCAGGAGUGAAGGGACAGAGCCAGGGGCAUGUAACAGCCUUAAGCCUGACAGAAAUCUCUACACAUGGCCAGAGUAAAGGCCAAGUGAACAGGGCUUACCAAGAUGACACAACCAUGUCAGACUCAGAUUCAGACAUGGGUAGUCACAUUUUUGACAGCAUCACCCAAGUGUCGAAACCGGGUGGUGAGAAAAAGGGAAAGGCCUGCGGAUCGAGUACGCACAGCAUCAUCUUGGACAUUGCAACAACCAGCUUUGUGGACACAGUCACUGUGAAGACCUUGAAAAAUAUAUUCAGGGACUUUGGAGAGAUUGAUGUGGACAUCUAUCUAGCAGGCUGCCAAGCAUGUGUCGUGGAGCAGCUGGAAACCGCAGGUUUCUUUUCAGAGUCCAUCCCAAAGAGCAGGCUUUUUGUCACGAUUCAUGAUGCAGUGCUUCAUAGUCUCAAGAAACAAACUGACUUCGUACUUGUGAGUUCACUCAGAAUAUUAAUUACCGGUCGGAGCUCUUUCAGCUUCACUUCUCACUUGUCAUUGCUGUAAUGUAUUCUGAACUGUUCCUACCCUCAGCCCUGAAUCUGCAAAUGUUUUUUCCAGGAUGUGUCCUGCAGCACUCAGAUGUAACCAGUAGGAGUCAGACUGUUCCAACUCUCACCAUCUUCUUCCUCCUCUAGACUGCUGGCUUUUCUAUUGCUCACUACUGCUUGUCAUUGUCUCCUCCCCCUUCAGUAGUGGAGAAUGCACCACCUUGACAUGGCGGGUGGUUGCCAUGGAAAUACCGGGAGCCGUUUCUGUGGCAACAGGCUUUUUAUGAUAUCUUCUAAUGAGAUAGCCAGCAAUACGUCAUUGCAGCUCUCACUCUGUGGUGUGUGUGUGUGUGUGAGAGAGACAGAGAAGGGGCGGGGGUUGAGUGGGAGAAUGUAACACUGGACUAAUAUGAGUCUGUAUUUAUAGCCUGCGUGAUAGAGUACAUAGAGUGUAAAAGGUUCAGGGGAAACUCAUAUGAGAGGUGUUGUUGUCAAUCUCCACAGCGUCCUCUACAACAAAUCAGUAAAAUGUUAACAUUUGUCAUCGAUAUGGUCAGACCCUUCACUCUGGGAGGGGUUCUCACUCACUUCAGAUAAUAGUGUAAGAGGCAUUACAUUGAAAAUGAGCAGCAGCUUUUAAACACAAUGUCAGUGUAUUUAUAGUCCGUAUUCACACGUCUGAUUCCUCUUAAGCUCUCUUCUAUUUUUGGGAUAGCCCACCCAAACAUAUUUUCUCCCAUCCAUAAUCAACAACAAAUGUCCAUUUAAAUGUGCAAUUAUUGAAACUGGAAAAAAUUACUUUGCUAAAAAACUCACAAUUGUUUAUCAGGUGGGAUGUCAGGGCUUCCCAUCAAAAACAAAUUCUAAAAACGCAGAAAACACUGAAAUGUGUCAAAGAUCCUCAAAUAUUGGUUACUUGGAUUAGUGACUGCAAUGUAAACUUUGUCAAGUGUUUUAAAUGACAGAACACACAUAUUUCCUUGAGAGUGCUUUAAAUCACAAUUUUUCUAGCUGAUUGUUUAUACAUCCAGUUGUCUGUGUAUAUUUGACUAGUUUUUAUACAGAUGGAACAUGUUUAAUGUGAUUGAAACAGAAUAGUUUUUGUGCACAUCUAGAGGAGGCCUUAUGAAUUAAGUAUGAAUGAGCCAGUGUAAAUAAAGAGUCAUAACAACACAUUG